AUGGAUGAAGAAUACGAUGCUAUUGUUUUGGGCACUGGCUUGAAGGAGUGCAUUCUGUCUGGUAUGUUAUCUGUAUCAGGCAAAAAGGUUUUACAUAUUGAUAGGAACAAUUAUUACGGGGGUGAAUCGGCGUCACUGACACCUUUAGAACAGUUAUACGAAAAAUUCCUUGGCGCAAAUGCAAAGCCGCCGACUGAAAUGGGUCGCGGGCGGGAUUGGAACGUGGAUUUAAUUCCGAAGUUCCUUAUGGCGAAUGGUUCUCUUGUAAAGCUGCUAAUUCACACCGGUGUUACCCGAUACUUGGAAUUCAAAUCAAUAGAUGGUUCCUAUGUGUAUAAAGGUGGAAAAGUCUACAAAGUACCUGCUGACGAAAUGGAAGCACUUUCGACUAGUCUUAUGGGAAUCUUUGAAAAACGUCGUUUCAAGAAAUUCCUUGUAUGGGUGCAAAAUUUUGAUAUUGAUAACAAGUCGACUUACGAAGGAAUGGAUCCUCAUUCAAAUACGAUGCAGCAGGUAUAUGAAAAAUUUGGUUUGGACGAGAAUACUGCUGAUUUUACGGGGCACGCGCUCGCACUUUACCGUGACGAUAAUUAUAAGAACGAACCUUUUGGUCCUACUGUGGAAAAAAUACGCUUAUACUCAGAUUCUCUUGCCCGUUACGGGAAGUCACCAUACCUUUAUCCUCUGUAUGGGCUUGGAGAGUUGCCACAAGGAUUUGCCCGUUUGAGUGCUAUUUAUGGCGGAACAUAUAUGCUAGAUAAACCGGUCGAUGGCCUUGUUUUUGAAGGCGGGAAAGUUGUUGGGGUGAGAAGUGGGAACGAAGUAGCCCGUUGCAAGCAGGUCUAUUGUGACCCUUCAUAUGCGACUGAUAGAGUAAAGAAAGUUGGACAAGUGAUUCGAGCCAUCUGUCUUCUGAAUCAUCCAAUUCCAAACACAAACGAUGCUCCAAGCUGUCAAAUCAUUAUUCCUCAAAAGCAAGUAAAUCGUCGCUCAGACAUCUACAUUUCUCUGGUGUCGAAUGCUAACAUGGUCGCACCCAAAGCAUGGUAUAUUGCAAUGGUUUCUACCACCGUCGAGACAAACAACCCGGAGGCGGAGAUUAUGCCUGGACUGCAGUUACUUGGUUCAAUUAUACAGAAAUUUGUAAGCAUCAGUGAUGUGUUCGAACCUACAGAUAUGGGUGAAGAGUCGCAAGUAUUUAUUUCGCGUUCUUAUGAUCCCACAACCCACUUUGAAACCACUUGCCAAGAUGUCUUGAAUAUUUUCCAACGUGGCACUGCUGAACAGUUUGACUUCUCCAAAAUCACCCAUCUCUCCCUCGAAGAUAAGGAGUAA